AUGUCAGUUAUAACUCCACAACCAAGUCAAGCACCAAUGAAUAGUAUAAAUUUUAAUUCAUUGAAAAUGAAAAAACCAUUAUCACCACAACCAUCAAGACCCGUAUUGUCUUGUCUACAAGGAGGUAACAGUUUAAUAAAAUCAACCACUCCAACCCCAAGGUCAACACCAUUUCCAUUUUUGUCUAAUGAAUCAGAAGAUGAAUUCGAUGAUAGUGAAAGUAUUAUUUCAGAAUCUUAUUCAUUUAUGACUAAUAAUGAUAUAAGUCAUAGAGAUCAAGACGCAACUAAUUAUAAAACUAUAUCACCAACUCCGGUCCAAUCAAAGUCGUCAAUUAGUGAAUUUUUACCAAUUUUUUACUCUAAUGAUUCUGCUUCAUCUGUGCUUUCAACAUAUUUUUCAAAUCAAGUAUUUUAUGCGCAUAAUUUAAUUCAAUUAAGUCAACAUUUCAUGAAUCAAGAAUUUGAAUUUAGUAGAAAUUUAAUAUUAAAUCCUAAGAUACCAAACCAUGAACAUGAAUUAAUCAUAACACAUUUGAAUAGCAUUUAUAAUUACAGUAUUGAUUUAACAUCUACAAUUUCAAUUUUCAAUGCAAUGGUGGAUAAAGUAAAUAUAACUGAAGUAUCAAUCGAAAAUUUAAAAUUGAUAAAAUUUAAAUUUGACAACUUGAUCAAUAACCAUUUAUCAGAGCAAGUUCAUCACUUAUUGGAUCUUAUAAUUGAAGAACUAUAUGAAUAUAAUCUAUUGAUAGAUGACCUUAAUGAGGAAGAACACGUUGAGGAAGAAAAUGAUGAAGAAAAUUUAAACACUAUAAAUGAUUUAUACUCAUCAAUAGAGUCGAUACUACAAUUGAAAACAUCAAAAUUAACAAGUCAUGAUGUUUCCAAAUUCCAUGACUUGUUACAUGAAUCAAUCAUAGAAAAUAAUGAAUGGAAUGACUUCAUAAAUCAUAUGAGAAAAACAAUGUAA